AUGAUGCCAUCAUCAGGCAAUCCCCUCAUUUCAUCUUCGACCCCUAAACUAUUUAGCGUCAGAGCAUUGGAUCGAUUCACAAUGGCAAUCUGCCUGGAUGAUAUCGAGAUCCGACUGUUCGUUGCCACUGGAGGCUUUGCUCACGACGGUCUCCUAGAUGUUGCUGUCAUUCUUUCUUAUGAGUCUGGCGCUCUCUUUUCAAUGGUUUAG